AUGUCAUCGGACGCAUCGAAUCCGUCGCAGUACGUGAAGCUGAAGAAGGAGUACAUCACGGACCAACCAGACACGGAGCCCGGCGAGCUCAGCCAACCCGUGGAGGUCCCGCAGCUGGAUGUGCAGCGGUGCUUCGAGUGCGGCCAAAUCCUGCCGCAGUCGUACGAGCCACCUCAAGACGAGCCGUGGAGCACGGGCAUAUUCGCGUGCUUCAAGGAUCAACGCAGCUGUAUCCAAGGUUUGUUCUGCCCGUGCGUCCUCUUCGGAAAGAACGUGGAGGCAAUACGCGACGACAUCCCGUGGUCGGCGGCGUGCGCGUGCCACGUGCUGUGCAUCGAGGGCGGCGUGGCGCUGGGCACGGCGCUGCUGUGCUGCCCCGCGUACAUCACGCUGGACCCGCAGACGCUCUUCCUGCUGGGGGAAACCCUCUUCUUCUCGUGGUGGAUGUGCGGCAUCUACACGGGGCUCUUCCGACAAGAGCUGCAGAAGAAAUACCACCUCAAGAACGCACCGUGCGACCCGUGCUGCGUGCACUGCAUCCUGCACCCAUGUGCACUGUGCCAGGAGCACAGGGAGAUGGUGAUCCGCCUGCCUGCACUGGACGAGGGGGUCAGUCUAAACCCGCCACCGCAGCAGGAAAUGGCUGCCAUGGGUGGUGAUGCUGCUGCAGCAGCACCCAAUGGGUCAGGCGAGGGUGUCAGGGAAAGCUAA